CCGGCCCGCAUUGUUUUUUUGGGUUUCACCCUCCCGCCCACGCGUUGCGCGGCGAGUGUGCUUGCUCAUACCGAAAGUGAAAAUAAAUAAGUAAGCAAGCAAAAACCAAACGAGGGAGAGAGGCGGGCGGUGAAUUUCUGAUAGUCAUUCGGCCAAUGAUACCCCCGGAGACGACCACGAAGUCUGUGGAAGUUGGAGCCGCUGUUUGAGAGGACAGGACAGGAGAGUGCCGUCGUCCGCCACACACUGCCUGCCUGGAGCGUCCAUCUUGACAACAACCCACCGACGAUAUGGUUUAAGUCAAUGACGAUGUCUUCAGUUGGUAUCCGGUUGUGGCUGCUGACGGUGGUCUGCGUCAGCGGGCAAAAUGCUCUGAGCGUUUUCUUGCAGGUGGUCUGCCAGAAUGAGAACGUGGGCCAGUACGGUCGACCAUCAGUGGUGGACUGCGUGAUCAAGACGUUGCAGGAGGUGAAAGAUCUGACCGUGACUACCGUCACUUGGAAGAAAGACGGCGUGCGCCUGCUGUUGUUUCACAAUAACAAACUGGAGCCCACCCCGGGCUAUUCGUUUGCGGAUCCGUCUUGGAACAACAAGUCUUUGAACGUGUCCCUGCGGAUCGCCGACACCUCCGUGGCCGACCACGGCAAUUACACGUGCCUGGUGAUGUCGGACAGCGGCUCGCACAGGAGCUCAGCCAGCCUUCGUGUCACGGCCAAAUACAGCAGACCCAGCAUCCACGCCACUCCGGCAGACAUUACCCCCAACUCGGAAGUCACCCUGACCUGUCGCUCCGACGGCGGCUACCCAAAGGGCCGACUGGGCUGGUUUGUCGGUCCGAACGCGCGGCAGGUCGGAACAACUGGAACCGUGGCCGAGGUGAUGAGAAAUGGGCUGUUCAACCUGUCCAGCGAGCUGACUUUGUCGGUGGGGCACGUCGCCUCCGAGUACACCUGCGUGGUGUUCAACGCGAGCGACGGCAAAGGCGACGAGGCCGCAUUCACGAUACCCGACUCGGCCAGGUCUGCAGGGCAAGGACAAAAUCCAAAAGAGAAAGGCUUGGAUUUGGCUACCAAAGUAGUGGCGCCAGUGGUGGUCAUCGGGUCGCUGGGUAUCGGAUUGCUGCUCUAUCUGGUGCUAAGCAAGAAGUAUCCUGCCCGAAACCGCAAACCGGUUCUUCAACCUGGAACAGACCCAGAGCAAGGUUAUCCACAGGAUCAUCCUUUGGUGAACCAAGAAAGCCAGGAGACCAAGGCGUGAGGCGACACUGCAUGACCUACCGUCCGGAAUCACUAGUCAGCAUUUCUUUUUUUCCCUGUCCAUCACUGACUGCUGUUUGGACCCAAUAAAUUGUAAAGUAUUAUAAUGAUUGUUCAUCUGAGCCGCAACUUUUUAAAUCACUGAAUGAUAUCAAGCUACAGUAAAUUGAGGCUGGGUGGUUAAAAGAGGACGAGGGUUCUACAUAAGAGAGUGUUGUAAAUGAAUUCUGAGCAUUAACACUGAGCAGAACGCUCUCCAUUGCUCGCAUUUGUUGACGUCAUGCCAGUGAAGUGAUUAAUUACCCGUACGCAAAGAGUAGCAGAACCACUUUGGCUGCAGGGUCAGUUAGAAACCAAUGAGAAAACAUUGAACCUGACUUGGGAAGUGGAAACAUUUACACUCACUGGAAUAAAUAAAUUCCAGGAUAUGUAUGCAGUAAAUGUAGCUUCCUUGUUUAAUUUGGACUCGUUGAGGAGCAGGCAGGACCUGUGUGUGUGUGUGUGUGUGUGUGUGUGCGUGUGUGUCUACGUGUGCAUAAUUUGAAUUCUCUUUCACUUUCUACAUAACUCACCCCAGAUGAUAAACAGACCAAAAAGAAAGCCUGUUACUCACACUACUAAUUCUAUCUUGACACUUUAUGACAAUUUGUGUGCGUGUGUGUAUGUGUGUGUGUGUGUGUGUGUGAAUCGAUGCUCAGCAUUUCAUGACUAUAUAUGUAGCACCACUUGUAAAGAAAUCAAAAUGUUUCCAGUCCUGUGUUCCAGACCAGUCUAAAGAUUGGGAAUUUCCAAGAUCCUGGUUUUAUUUUCGUUUUCCAUUAUUAAUUCUCCCAGCAAAAGCAAAAGUCAUCACAUACGCUCACAUGGAGAGAAAUAGUCCUUAUCUUGUUGUAUCUUCUUUUUUUUAUUUUUUUUUUUAUUGUUUUAUUUGUAUAGUGUACUUUAAUCUUUUUUUCCCCACCAGGAUGAAAGUUUAUUUGUGCAUGUUUGUUUGCAAUCUAUGGAGUUUUAAAUUUGAUGUUUGAUUUUAUAUGCACAUCACAAUGCAAAAUUUGUAAUAACAGAAAUGUGUUUUUUUUUUGUGCCUUAUUGGAAAAGGUAACACAUGCAUGGGAUGUAAAAUGUCAUGUAUGUAACCCUAACCAGUUUCUUAACGCUCUUGGAUUAUUUUGUGUAUUAAAAUGAUUUUCCUGCCAUACAA